AUGAAGGGCCCAACGGGUUGGGGGAUUUAUCCCCUCUCCUUGCUGGAAUCGUUCGCCUGGAACUUUCCACCAGCAAGGGGCUAUUGCGAUACUUUAGUACCGGCGAUGGGAGCGCCAAUUUCCCUACGCCAGGAGAAAAUAAAUAACAUGACACGACAAUAUGAGAAAAGAAAUAAUAUAGAAAUACAACAAUUAUAUAAAGAGCCAGACAUAGUAGCAGUAUUAAAAAAUAGGAGAAUGACAUGGGCCGGUCAUAUAUGGAGGUCAAAUGGUCUUAUGAAAGAGGUUUUAAAAUGGAAACCCCAGGGAAAAAGAGCACUUGGCAGGCCGAAACAAAGGUGGAUUGACAAGGUGGAGAAGAAUUUAGCAGAGAUUGGAAUACGAGAUGGAGAAACAACAGCACAUGAUGACAGAGACAGAUGGAAGCAAAUUUGUGUUGCGGUAAUGGGCCUCAAUGGCCUUUAA